CGACCGUCGGCCGGGUUUCGCAAGUUUUCCCACACCCUCGCCAGUAGAUUUUAUUAUUGCUUCAGCUCUUUGCGGUACCGAUCCGCGAACGAACAGCCCGCAGAACAUAUUCUGCAAUCGAACGAAUCGGGCGUGUGUGUGUUUUUUGUGUUUGCCCUCAGCGACUCAUUUUGUAAGCUUCUCUCUCUCUCUAUUUGCUUGUAUCAUACGCCCAGUGCAGGAAUUGUGAGGCUAUCGUCGGAUUAUAACCAAAUAGCAGACAUACCGCCGCGAUAGUCAACAUUUUCUUUUGAAAAGAUUCAUUUAAGCGUUUCGGAAUCGCGGCCUCCACGGGUUUUGUUCUGCUGUUAGUGUGUCACACUGUGUAUUGUUAUAAAAAAAGAAGAACGUAUUUUACGUUUCUGUGCGAUCUUGUGCCUUGGGAUCAGGAAAAAUAAUCGAGCUCAAUAAGUGAAAAAUGUGUUUAUAAUAAAGAAAAAGCAGGCCAUAAAUCAACCGCAUUCAAGUAAACAAACCAAGUGUUUACCGUUUUCCGUUGCCAAACUCGUGAAAAAACAAUAGUAUUUAGCGAAGAUUAAUGCGUUUCCCGAAAAGUUUGACACGCUGGAAUAACCUGGAAGCUGAUUGGUUGUCAGUAUGGUGGAUAAGCCAAAGUCGGAGCUCGUCGGGGAAGAGAUAGUCAACCAAUCGCCUGCCCUCAGCAAAGGAACCGACAGUAACAGUCCACCGCAUGUGGUCUACCUGACGGAAACGUUCUACAUCAGCUCCAAAAAGAAUACGGUUUUCGAAGUUCGGCUUACGGAGAAAGGGCUCAGCCUAAAGAAGCAGAGUAAUGGGUCAACCAAGGAGCAAACGAUCCCCCUGAAAGACAUCAUCGGUUGUCGGUGUUUGCGGAGCAGACGAAAAACAAAGGGUGGAUCGGCUUGUGCGUGUACCUCAAUCUCGGGAACGGUUCAGCUCAAAGUAGUCGAUGAGAAUUCCGGCGAGCAAGAUGAAUCGGAUGUUAGUGCGUAUCUGUACAUUUAUGCUUACAUACUCAAGCGAAAUCGACGGGGUGGAUUUCGGGAACGCACCACCAUUACGCUUAGGUUUCGAUCCUUCGACAAGUACGAGGAUAACAACAAGGAGGCACAGAAGUGGCGAGCUGCGAUCAAGUAUCUGAUCGCGGGUGAAACCUCCAUCAAAUCAAUCUUCCAGCCGAAGGAUGCACGCAAAAUGCUGGUGAUUCUUAAUCCGAAAUCCGGAUCCGGUAAGGCGAGAGAAAUGUUCCAGCAACGGGUGGUGCCGGUUUUCGGUGAAGCAGAAAUUAUAUACGAUCUGCACAUCACGAAAAAGUCCGACUGGGCCCGAGAGUUCGUCCGGAAUCGGGAUAUUUAUCUGUGGCGUGGAAUUGUAGUGGUCGGCGGAGAUGGAAUUUUCUACGAAGUCCUGAAUGGCUUGUUCGAGCGAGAGGACUGGCAGACGGCUAUCGAGGAGGUAUCGAUCGGAAUCAUUCCCUGCGGAUCGGGGAACGGACUGGCGAAAACGAUUUCCCAUUUGUACGAUGAACCGUUCGAGACAAAACCGAUCCUGGCAUCAGCUUUAACAGUAGUCAAAGGCAAACAUUCCAUGUUAGAUGUAGUUAGAGUGGAAACACGUUCUCAGAUAAUGUUCUCGUUCCUGUCGGUUGGCUGGGGAUUGAUUUCGGAUAUCGACAUUGAGAGCGAGCGACUGAGGGCCAUCGGAGGUCAACGGUUCACACUAUGGUCCGUCCAUCGGCUGAUCAGCCUACGCACGUAUCAGGGCAAGGUCUCCUACAUUCCGGCGCUAGUUAGUCUUACCAAUAGGUCUAAUUCGCUGCCCCGGGAGGGAACCGGCGGCGGUGGUGGUGGUGGUGGUGUUGGAUUACUGAAGCAUAGUGUGAGUUACAACACAACUCUAGACUGCAGUGAUUGUCAAGCCGGGACGAACGGCGACAGCCAUAAUAACUGUGAUUCGUGUGACACAAACUUUAGCGAUGUGCUGUCACUGGAGACCGGAAGUAACAUGGACUCGUUCCGGCCACGUAUCGACAGCUGGUAUUCGGCACAUUCCAGGAAAAGCACCUAUUUUUCCACCGUGGACAGUAUUUACGAAAGUGAUCAAGCUUCCAAUGAGGGAACACAGACUGACGGGAACAUGGCACAAAUGUACGGGCCUCCAUCGCGUAUUCCUGCAUUGACGGCUCCCGUGUCGGACAACUGGAAAACCAUAACCGGCGAGUUUGUCAUGGCCCAUGCCGCUUAUCAGAGUCAUUUAAGCACGGACUGUUUUUUCGCACCCCGCUCCAAACUGAAUGACGGUGUAAUUUGGUUACUAAUUAUCCGGGCCGGUGUAAGUCGAUCUCAACUGCUAUCGUUUAUGCUAGGGCUGGGCAGCGGAACUCACCUGCCAACACAGGAGAACGAAUAUAUCCAGAUGGUUCCGGUGACGGCCUUCCGGAUUGAGCCGAGCAGUGGGACGGUCGGGCAUAUGACCGUAGACGGUGAAAAUGUGCAGUACGGUCCGAUCCAGGCGGAAAUUUUUCCAGGCUUAGCCAAAGUUAUGGUACCCAAAUAACGAUGCAGAUAGGAAAUGAUUUCAACGAGGCGCACAUUUUGUGGCAAUUAUUUUUAGGAUAAUAUAGAGCGUUUACAAUACAUGUAAAAAUUAAUGAAGCGGGGUUUGUUAUCUCAUUCAAGUUGUAUAAUACGUGUACAUCAAUCGAAAUGUUGUAUUAAAUUGUUUAAACUGUAAUUUUGAAUGUUCGUUUGAUACGAUUUUUGUUUCGCAUUAUUAAAUAAAUAUUAUUAACCGGUUAUUUAAAUUUGCAUUCAUUGAAUUCAAUACUGGUUCAUAGUAUUGCCAGUAACACAAUGUUAAAAUUCAAAUGCUCUAAAUUAGCUUGCAUUAAUAGAAGAUUGCAACACUAGAUCCACUAUCAACGUGGAUUAUUUAUACAAAUGGUUUUGUGAUUGCUCAAGAUGCAUUCAAGUGCAUUUUAGAUUUCUUCGAGAAGCAGUAAAAAGGAAUUAAUCUAUGUUGAAAAUAUAUGAACAAGUAGACUUGGCAAAUCAGAGUAUGUAAUUUAUUUCGAUCUAAAUAAAUCCUCUCACUUGAGUGAACCAGCAUCGAUAAAAAAGUGUCAUGACCGGAAGCCUCCAAGAGUAGUAUAAUAAUCAUUUACAUAUGAAUAGCAACGAUUGAAAGCAAUUAACACUAACACUAUCCGUAAUUAUGUUCAGGAGAUUCACAGUCUUCAAAUAUAUCACCUAAUCUGGAGCAAUUAAGAUAAAACAAAAAUCAUCAUUUUUAGACCAUAACAUUUACCUUUAAUACUGAUCACUACUUCCCAAAGAAGUAUACAGUCAAACGUUGAAAUUUGUGCUAAAUUCCUACUAAACUAACACAAAUAAACUAGAGUUAGACGGACAAGCCAAGCAUUGGUACUUUUAUAAUCUAUGUAUACACAAAUUAACCUAAAUCAAAUUUUCCCCGAAACAAAGGUUGUAGUUUUUAGCCAAAUUCAUCUAGAAAAUAACGUAAAUUUACGUUUCUUCCCUACACUUUACACAACUCACUUGCUUGAGCCUUCAUGCCCUUCGUUCUUAUAUCUCUUAUAGUUACUCUGUCCAAAUCAUUCUGUUAUCUAGUCUGUAAUCUAGCACCAGGAUAGAAACUAGGAAACGUUAUCAUAGUUUAGCAACUAUGUUCGGAGAACUCCACUAGACGAGUACGGGAUAAAACCAGACAUGUUUUUAUUGCAUAAGUUUAAGUUUGACAAACGAUUGAAUCCGAACGUAGGUUUCGUUGCAAUACUGGCUUAGAUAAUGCAAAUUUUUAAUGGAUAAUUACAAUUCGUUGUUCAUAUACAUUCAAGUUGUGAAAAGCGCAAUAAAUCAUAACAUAAAAAGGGGCUUUAUUAAUAAAAGGUGCAUUAAAGAAGAGAAAUUAAAACACAUUUCCGCAGUAAA